CUGGGACAUGGAUUGCUCCAAAAACACAAGCUGUUGUGAUUAAACAUUUAUGGGAUGCAGACAAAGAAAAAAUAAAGCACAUUCAACACAUGCUCAUGUCAGUGUGUCCUAAAAGCCUUCAGGAUUACAUUCCCUAUUGGAGGAGUUUUCUGCAGAGAACAGAGCGUCCUUCAGUAUCUUUUCUCCAGAAGACUCCCUCCUCUCCGGUCUGCUGCCAUGCCACUGGCUUUUAUCCUGACAGAGCAGAUCUGUUCUGGAGGAAAGAUGGAGAGGAGAUUCAUGAGGGUGUGGAGAAGGGACAGAUCCUACCUAACCAUGAUGGAACCUUCCAGAUGAGCUCAGAGCUGAACGUUUCAUUGAUCAAACAUGAGGACUGGAGGAGGUAUGACUGUGUGUUCCAGCUCUCUGGACUAACAGAAGACAUCGUCUCCAUGCUGGACAAAACCCAGAUUCAGACAAACUGGGUUCCUCCUUCAGAGUUUCCAGUUGGUCCUGUUGUAGGAGGAGCAGCUGGAGUGGUUCUGCUCCUGGUGAUCAGUGGAGUCCUCUGCUGCUGUUGGAGAAACAGAAAUGACUUCCAGCCUGUUGAUGAUGGUCUAGAAAAAGAAGAAUCUUCAAAAAAAGGAUCCAAAACAUCCCAAGAAGAAUUUUCUUUGAACAGUUGAUUUGUACAAAAAAGACACAGAAACACUACAUGAACGUCUGAGACGGAUCCUGAAUCAACUCUGGAACCAGGAAUCAAACACAGAUUCUAUCUGCAUACAGAUGUUCUUAGUGUAUUACUAUACUAUACUGUUACUAUACUGUAACUUCAAGUAAACGUGUUAUUUCUGUGUUACUAUCCAUGUUUUUAGCCAUAAUACAAUUUUUAUCUGGACUUUUGUAAAGAAGUAAAGUCUGUGGGAAUGCAUAUGUGGCAUAAUUCAUGUUUUAAUGUAAUUAGAAGAAUCCUGCAUAAAUCAUUGAUUCAGGUG